CAGCCUUUUGAUUGUCAGUUAGCCUUAACAGCCGCUACAUCGUGGUACGGUGGAUUAACCAUCCCACUAGAACAGCAGUUUAACCGGCUGCUGUUGCAUGGCGCUCCUGGACUUCGGACCAGUUUAAUUCUAUCCGGCGCCGACUCGCUUGCCAAAAUCUUACGCCCCACAUUACCUAGACGGCUUUCCAAGGAAGUCAAGCGCCUCACCUGCACAUCGCGCGCUUCCACCCACCACCAGAAAGUCUUCCUUGCCAUUCAUAAGGGACCGGAAAUACCGGAUUUCCUUAAAGAUUACCGCAUACCGCGAUUAUCAAUGGAUGCAGAUGAGCUACAGUACACCGGUCAGAGCCUUCAGUAUACUGGCUACCGUGGCCGUGGAUCACGAAGAGGAGGACGUGGAAAUUAUCAGAACACCAUGCCUCGACAACGCCGACAGCGCGAACAAAGCCCACAAGAUCCCCCGGAUGAUCAGAUCCAGUACGUUAACCCUGGACCGCGCCAAGAAGCUCACCACGUUCGACGACAAGGCAGAAAUCCUUUCAUUGGAUUCAAAAUUAAAACUCCGCAUCAUGACUACCGCGCACAUAUGGAAAACAUCAAUACAGCCAUUGAGAAUGGAUCGGACAUCAUCAAAGACACAGCAGAUCCGUAUGAACGUGACAUUAAAAUCGCACAGAACCAGGUGUUAUGCAACACAUACACCUUCCUAGAGCGCCUUCGCCUCAAUGUUGACCAUGCCGAUGAAGACAAAUUCUCCUCCUUCCCUGUUCCCAUGAGCAGCGUGUUAAGUCCACAUUAUUUUCAGUCCUGGCGUUUUGACAGAUUUGCGUUAUCACCGUGGAUCCGCUAUCCCGGAGACGACGGAACAUGGCGAUACGAACACCGAUGUGGAUUCGUGUACCGCUACAUUAAAACCCCACAACGUCAUGGAUUCGAGCAAGUUGAACAAUACCCGCGCUACUUCAACCCGUACCGCUUCUUCACCACCGACUUUCCCUUUUAUCGUGGUCAGAUCAAAUGGGACGGCAGCUACACCGCCGAAAGCCGUGCCGCAAAGAUUAGAGCACAGUUACUUGAAGAUGACCAGCUGUUCUACGCAAUCGGAGACAACGGAGAUCAGACGUUACCAUUUGUGGAAUUACCCGAAGUUGCCGUUGGAAAACACAUUAACCGCGAUGUUGCUUCAAUUAUGACAGCAUUUGGCGUUGAAGGAUAUACCGAAGAGGAAAUUAACCAGUAUCAUUCACCUACCGUCCGGGACAAAGAUAAAGAAAUCUAUGACCUACGACAGGAAUUGGAUCAGCUCCGUCAGCGAAUGAACCGUAUGCGCGAUUCCGACCGGCGCACUCACUGAGCAUCAUUCCGGAAAACGAUCGCAGAAUCCCGAUCGUCUGCUUGAAAAUUAACCUUCGCGUGGAAGAUUAAACUUGGGAUCCACCACGCCGUACAGUAUUAGCAUCAGCGUUAUUCUCUAUUUUUUUUCAUUUUUACUUUCUUGAUGAGACACGUAUAUCUCAUCGCUACCGUCCGGGAUGUAACGAUAGAAAAUCUUAGUACCGCCAGUUGGGAUUGUUUAUUGCUUUUCUACAUCAGUUAUUGGUUCAUUCAUUGCUUGUCUUCCUCAUUAAGAUCAUGUGAAUCAGCAUCUCAUUGUCUUACCGCUUUACCGCUACAAUCUCGAUGCUCUUAACUUUUACUUUGGCGCACUAGAAUCAUUCUUGGAUUUGCUCCUUGCCAGCUAGCUAACCUUGCUUUUUGCCUUCUUGCCCUGUGUACUUGCUAAUAAGAAUCUUGCCGUGA